GCGGCGGUUGGUGGGGCCUGCGCUGCGUGCGACCGCGGCCCCGCCGGCACCAUGAGCCGGCCCAGCCGGCUGCAGAGGCAGGUCCUGAGCCUGUACCGCGAGCUGCUGCGCGCCGGGCGCGGGAAGCCGGGCGCCGAGGCGCGGGUGCGGGCCGAGUUCCGGCAGCACGCCUGCCUGCCGCGCUCCGACGUCCUGCGCAUCGAGUACCUGUACCGCCGCGGGCGGCGCCAGCUCCAGCUGCUGCGCUCCGGCCACGCCACGGCCCUGGGUGCCUUCGUGCGCCCGCGGGGCCCGACCGAGGAGCCCCGCGGCGCGGGGGCCCCGGGGACCCCGCCUGAAGAUGGUGACGGCCCGAGAAGCCCGCCCGACGGCAUGGGGUCACCAGAGACCCCGCGCGAUGGACGGUGACAGGCAGAAGAGCUCACUCGAUGGUGCAGGGAAGACGGGGGGCCAGCCUAACUGCGUGGGGGGACCAGGGAGCCCGCCUGAUGAAAGGUGAGAGGUCUUGAGAGACUAGCUCGAUGGAUUGAGGGAAUCGGAGAGCCCUCCCGGCAAUGUGAGUCCUACAGACCUCCAUGAUGGAUGGUGAGAGACGCCCUACCUUGCCCAACCCAUGGUAACAUGUCGGACUCUCCCAUGAGGGCUUGGGGCGGCCUGGGUCGCCAGCCUGCUGGACUGUGUCAAGCUGAGAGCUGCUGACUCGAAGGCAUGGGGAGCCGGGACGCCCCCCGUUGGACAAAGACUGAGACACCCUUCUCUGGACCCCUGGCUCCUCAACUCCCCUCUCCUGUAUUUAACUCUAAGAAAAGCAGACUUUUUGCUGAGGAAUUUGGGAAGAUGCCCUGAUGGACGGUGAGAAGCCCCGAAUCCCCUUUUGGAAAACUUUUCCCCCAUUAAUUGUGACAAACUAGGACCGAUGAGGAAGGGGCUAGGGAGUCUCUGGCCCUAGCUGAUCAACUCAAGACCCCUCAAGACCUCUACUUGAUGGUUCUGAGGGGGAACCCUGACGCCUGUGCCCCCGCAACCUCAGGACUGUUGAACAAAGGGAAUAAAAUUUGGGAUGUGCUGACUUC